GCACAUGCGGGAGGAAGUGGCGCUACCUGUCCGCUCGGCACUGGUAGACCUUUCAGCGUGGAGCCAUGGGCGGCCUGGAGAAGAAGAAGUAUGAACGAGGCUCUGCUACCAACUACAUCACCCGCAACAAAGCCCGGAAGAAGCUGCAACUCAGCCUGGCCGACUUCAGGCGGCUCUGCAUCCUUAAGGGGAUUUAUCCCCAUGAACCAAAACACAAAAAGAAAGUUAACAAGGGCUCCACGGCGGCCCGAACCUUUUACCUUAUCAAAGACAUCAAGUUCCUCCUCCAUGAACCCAUUGUCAACAAGUUCCGGGAAUACAAGGUGUUCGUCCGGAAGCUGCGGAAGGCUUAUGGGAAGAGUGAGUGGAACACGGUGGAGCGUCUGAAGGACAACAAGCCCAACUACAAGCUCGACCACAUCGUCAAGGAGCGGUACCCCACGUUCAUAGACGCCCUGCGCGACCUGGAUGACGCCCUCUCCAUGUGCUUCCUCUUCUCCACCUUCCCGAGGACCGGCAAGUGCCACGUGCACACCAUCCAACUGUGCCGCCGGCUGGCCGUGGAGUUCAUGCACUAUGUCAUCGCCGCCCGUGCCCUGCGCAAGGUCUUCCUGUCCAUCAAAGGCAUUUACUACCAGGCCGAAGUGGGGCAGCCCAUCGUGUGGAUCACACCUUACACCUUCUCCCACGACCACCCAACAGACGUGGACUACAGGGUCAUGGCCACCUUCACCGAGUUUUACACCACCUUGCUGGGCUUUGUCAACUUCCGCCUCUACCAGUCUCUCAACCUGCACUACCCGCCAAAGCUCGAGGGUCAGGCCCACACAGAAGCGAAGGCCAGUGAGGACACCUACGCUUUGGACUCCGAGAGCUCAAUGGAGAAACUGGCCGCCCUCAGUGCCAGUCUAGCCCGUGUGGUGGUGCCUACAGAGGAGGAAGCCGAGGUGGAUGAGUUUCCUGCUGAUGGGGAGAUGGCGGCACAGGAAGAGGACCACAGAAAGGAGCUGGAGGCGCAGGAAAAGCACAAGAAGCUCUUUGAGGGCCUGAAGUUCUUCCUGAACCGUGAGGUGCCCCGAGAGGCCCUGGCUUUCGUCAUCAGGAGUUUUGGGGGGCUCGUGUCCUGGGACAAAUCUCUGUGCAUUGGGGCCACCUAUGACGUCACAGACUCCAGCAUCACCCACCAGAUUGUCGACCGGCCAGGGCAGCAGACCCCCACCAUCGGCAGGUACUACGUGCAGCCCCAGUGGGUGUUUGACUCUGUGAAUGCCCGGCUCCUCCUCCCGGUGUCAGACUACUUCCCCGGGGUGCAGCUGCCCCCACACCUCUCACCCUUCGUGUCAGAGAAGGAAGGCGAUUAUGUCCCCCCUGAGAAGCUGAAGUUGCUGGCCCUGCAGCGAGGGGAGCAUCCAGGAAAUUUGAAUGAAUCCGAACAAGAGGAUGAAGAGGAAGAUAACGAAGGCGAUGAUGAAGAGGGAGAAAAGGAGGAAGAUAUAGAGGCUGGUUCAGAAGAGGAGGAAGAGGCCAGACUGACAGCCCUGGAGGAGCGGAGGAUGGAGGGGAGGGUGCAGGCCCCACCAACAGCCCCAGAGGAGCCGAGGAUGGAGGGGAAGAAGCCCAGAGUGAUGGCGGGCACUGUGAAGCUGGAGGACAGGCAGCGCCUGGCCCAAGAGGAGGAAAGUGAGGCCAAGCGCCUGGCCAUCAUGAUGAUGAAGAAGCGGGAAAAGUACCUUUACAACAAGAUCAUGUUUGGCAAGAGACGCAAAAUCCGCGAGGCCAACAAACUGGCAGAGAAGCGGAAAGCCCAUGAUGAGGCUGUGAGGUCUGAGAAGAAAGCCAAGAAGGCAAGGCCAGUGUGAUUGGCAAAGCCUCUGGAUUGGUGAGGCCAGCUCCUGGUGGCUGGGCUUGGCAUAGGCAGGCCAGAGAGCCUAGGCUUGGUGACAGACCAGAGCCUCCUCUGUCUUCAUUUCUCUCCUCCUCUUGCCAGCCCUGGCCUCCUCUCAUGUACUCUGGCUGGGCCCUUUGGGCAGCCCCAUCCCCGGGAUGGAGCCCCUUGCUGGUGGAUGGGCAGAGGAAAGGCCUCCAACCUGAUGUUCCCCAGAGUCAAAUGACACAGGGGCAGGACCUGACCAGCCCCUCACUGACUGUCCUCAUUCACCCUGCCUUUCCCAUGUACUUCCAUGGUUGGACCCGUGAUUCUCCCAGUGCUGUGGUGGGGUGAGGGUGAGGAAGCUUUUGUUAUUAAAUGGCUGGAGUUUUGCGGCCAGUUGAA